GGUGGUUUUCGGGGUCCUACCACUUACCAGCUGCUACUGAAGUGAUCGAUCAAUCAUCGACUCUCGAGUCUUGCGACUUUCAAAAUGGGUCGAACACGCGCGAAAGCCAAGAAGUCUGUACCUAUUGUGACAAACCCUUCACAAUCAUCGUCAAGCUCAGCAACUCCAGCCAUUCAUGCUCUCCUUGACAAGGCUCAGGAGCUCAUCGUACAGUGCGACUUUCCUUUGGCACGCAAGUUCAUUGAACGUGCUCUUGUGAGGGGAGAUGGGUCAGUGAGCGAAAAAAAUCAAGCGGGGGAGAUGAUGGGUGUCGUGCUCCUCGAAACUGGGGAAGUGGACAAAGCAAGAGAGUUGUUUUUAACAUUGCUCCCGCCACAUCCAACAGCUCCUACACCUCCACCACCUUCAGCGCAUCUUUAUCUUGCACAACUCUCCACGGAUCCAUACACUGCUUUGAAACACUACCAGGCAGCCAUCGACAUUCUUCAGACGCAACUCAAGGGUAAGGCACCUUCGCCCACCCAGGGAGAUGAACAGGACGAAGGAGAGGAUGAGGUGAGAAGUAAUAUCGUGAGGGCUUAUGUUGGAAUGGUCGAGGUAUGGAUGGAUCCUGAGUAUGAUCUUUGUUUUGAUCCUGCUGCAUCGUCAACAUGCGAUUCCCUUCUGGCAAAUGCUCUACAGAUCGAUCCACAUAAUCUUGAGGCUCUGCAAUGCCUUGCUAGUGUCCGCCUCAGUCAAGAAAAAACGGAGGAGGCACUAGCUGCACUUCUCACUUUCCCACCCUCUUCUCUAGAUGCACCUCCUGCACUCAAUCAAGCAUUGGUUGCAGCACUUCCUCUUUCCGUGCGGCUUGCGCGCGCCAAGUUACUCCUGGAGUGUGGUGCUUACCAUGAUGCUCUUGAUGUUUUGGAAAAUGUUCUUGCGUCCGAUGAUUCCUCAGUGGAAGGUUGGUACCUUAUGGGUUGGGGGUGGUGGCUGGUGGCCGAACGCCAGAAGGAGGGGGGUGAAGUAGAAGGCAGUGAAGGGCUGACCUGGGAGGAUUUGGCCAGAGACUCGAGGGACUGCUUAGAAACUUGCCAAAUGGUAAGUCUGCCUCGUUUUUACGUAUCUUGCAAGUCCCGCUGUAAUUUGCACGAGUCACAGUCCGAUCCAGACACGCCUAUAUUAGAACAUGUCCAAGAACUUCUUGGAACCCUUGAUGCACUAGGUAUCAUGUCCUCCCCAGUCCAAGACGAUGAAGAGGGCGACGGGGAUGGUUGGGAGGAUGCCAACGAUGGUGAAGACGUUGAAAUGUCGUAGCACGAGGACACAAAUCGUGGCUCGUGUCCUACCCCAAAAUUGUAUCAUAUCAGUUUACCUGGCGCAAAUACUCCAGUAUUCUCGCUACGAGGAACACAUCUUGUCGACCAUUUACCUUUGCUGGAUUGAGCGAAUAGCUUUAACAGUCACUCAGGCAGCCAUCACGAUCUGUUCAGUCCCACUAAUUGCCAGUGAUUUACGAAGUG